CCGACGCUCCGUGACGUGGGAAUGGAACCAGAGACCACAGAGAGGAGGGUUUAAAAGACUAGCUGGUGGAAACACACAUAGACACACGUACACACACACACACAGCUUGGAGCCGGUGUAACACAUCCAGACCAUUCACCCUGAAAUAAACCAAAGACGUGGACACGGUGACCCGUCGGGGACAGAGACAUAAAGAGAGAGACAUAUCACAGAAGGAAGCACAGUGCAUGGGUGGGGGGUCUAACGUCAGACACCAUGAGCUCCAAGGAGGGUGGAACGGCCCUGACCCGCCGCAACUGCCGGCUGGCCUCGGACAACGACAAACCCAAAUCCACAGGCAUCGUCAACGAGAAGCUCCUGACUGACUACCUGUACCAUGUGUUCCCCUCCACCAAGCCCGGGCCCACCCUGGCCUCCCUCAGGAAACCCCUGGGAUUCCAGGACCUUGGAUCCCACCUGGAGAAACUUCUGGCAGAGGGAGAGCCCCCUGAGGAGGACAGAGACGCGCCUGUCGAGGGCCGCCUGGGGCCCAACACGGUGGUCCUGGACCACACCAGCGGCUUCGAGGGCCUCCUGUUUGUGGACGACGACCUGCUGGGGGUCAUCGGCCACAGCAACUUCAGCUCCAUCAGAGCGACUACAUGUGUAUAUAAAGGGAAAUGGGUCUACGAGGUGUUGAUAUCCUCUCAAGGUCUGAUGCAGAUAGGGUGGUGUACGCUCAACUGUCACUUCAACCAAGAGGAGGGUGUAGGGGACACGCCGGACUCCUACGCCUACGACGGGAACAGAGUCCGCAAGUGGAACGUGACGACAACCAACUAUGGCAAGUCGUGGGCCGCGGGAGACAUUGUGAGCUGCAUGAUAGACCUGGAUGAAGGCACCAUCACCUUCUGCUUAAACGGCCAGUCUCUGGGCACAGCCUUCACGGACAUCAAGAUGGGUCCAGGCGUGGCCUACUUCCCUGCCAUCAGCCUCUCCUUCAAAGAAUCCGUGGCCUUCAACUUCGGGAGCAGACCUCUCAGGUACCCUGUGGAGGGCUACCUCCCCCUGCAGAACCCCCCCACCGCGGAGCUCCUGAAGGCCCAGAAGCUGCUGGGCUACAUCAAGACCGUGCUGGCCACCACCAUCGACGUCCAGGAGGAGAGGUUGGUGGAGAAGGACUGUUCCUCGUGGAAACUCCACGGAGAACCAACCGUUCUCCUCACCAUGGCCCACAUCUUCAACCACUUUGCUCCCCUCAUGUGUAAAGUGUACCUGGUGGAGGAUGUGCUGAUGAGCUUCCUAUUGGGUAUUCUGGAGGGCGGUGGUUCGGUGGACGAACAUCCACUCAUACAACAGCUGCUUGACCUCUUCUGGCUCCUGAUGGAGGACUACGAGGUGAACGAGUGCCUGAAGCAGCUGAUGAUGUCAUUACUGAGAGCCUAUCGCUUCUCCCCCAUCAUCCCCGACCUAGGCUUCCAGAUCCACUACCUUCGUCUGACCACUGCCAUCCUGCACCACGAGAAGUCCCGCAAAUACCUCCUCAGCAACGUCCUGUUCGACGUGCUGCGCUCCGUGGUCUUCUUCUACAUCAAGACCCCCCUGCGGGUGAAGGAGGCGGGGCUGGAGGAGCUGAUCCCCACCACGUGGUGGCCCACGCGCUUCGACAAGGAGGGGAAGGACGAGCUGGAGGCCAAGAGUGAGACGGCUGACGAACGGUUGCGGCGGCGGGCGUACGAGAGAGGUUGUCAGAGGCUGAAGAAGAGGAUCGAAGUGGUGGAGGAGUUGCAGGUUCAGAUCCUGAGACUUCUGCUCAACAACAAAGACAGAGGGACGGGUGAAGCGUCCCGGUACAUUUUCCUCAAUAAGUUCCGGAAGUUUCUCCAGGAGAAUGCCAGCAACAGAGGGCAUCCCACAGCGCUGUGUCCUCCAGAGUACAUGCUGUGCUUCCUCCACCGUCUCAUCACGGCCGUCCGCUCCUACUGGGACGAGGGCAAGAGGAAGGGCCCGGGCUGCAUUAACAGCGAAGAGGCCUAUGUUCCACCCCAGCUCUUCUACAAUGGAAAGGUGGACUACUUUGACCUACAGAGACGGGGUCUGCUCUCCCAUCUGAAGAAGACCCUCAAAGAUGAGCUUGCCAGUAAAACAAACAUCAUCAUCGACCCUGCUGAGAUCCUGACCACGUCCAUGGACGACCUGGACGAGGACGAGGAGAGUGGAGCGGCACAGCGGCCAUUCGGUGCGGCGGCGAUGGGCGGGGCUUUAGCGCGGCCCAGCUGGCUGAGCUCGCCGACGCUGGGUCGAGCGAACCGCUUCCUGAGCACGGCCGCCGUCAGCCUCAUGACCCCCAGACGACCCCUGGCCCCCCCCGAAAAGGUCAAAGUUCGCACCUUAGCUGUGGAGCAGAGGACAGAGGAAGACAUUGAAGGAAGCCAUGGCAACGAUGGCCUGUUGCUGGGGCGACCGCUGGAAGAGCCGGAUCAGCCAAUCGCAGAGAAGUCCUUGUUGGAGAUCGUUGAUGGGAUCGUAAUGAUGUACAACCUGAGCGUCCAUCAGCAACUUGGCAAGAUGGUUGUAGUGUCAGAUGACGUCCAUGAGUACGCUAUGGCACUGAAAGACACAGAAGAGAAGAUAGCUCGAUGCCCUGCAAGGAGAGCCGACAUUCUGGAUGAGCUCCAAAAGAGCCAGAAGGUUUUUGCUGAGAAGCUGAACCACCUCAGUAGAAGACUGGCCUGGAUCAAUGCGACUGUGUACUCCAAGGAGAAGAUGCUGGACGUGUACUGGCUGCUGAGGGUUUGCAUCCGCACGGUGGAGCACGCCGACCACACGGGCUCGCUGUUCGCCUUCGCCCCCGAGUUCUACCUGAACGUGGCCAUGAACGCCUACAGCGCCCUGAAGAACUACUUCAGCCCGGCCAACAGCAUGGACGACCUGCCAGGUUAUGAAGACACCCUGACUCAGCUGGCGGCCAUCCUCGCCAAGCACUUUGCUGACCCGCGUAUCGUUGGUACAGAUAUCAAGGACUCCCUGAUGCAGGCGCUGGCCAGCUACGUGUGUUACCCACAAUCCCUCAGGGCCGUGGAGCGGAUACCAGAGGAACAGCGCGUGGCCAUGAUGAGGAAUCUGCUGGCUCCAUAUGAGCAGAGGCCCUGGGCUCAGACCAACUGGAUACUGGUCCGACUGUGGAGGGGCUGUGGCUUCGGCUACAGGUACACCAGACUGCCUCACCUGCUGAAAACCAAACCCGAGGACACCAACCUGCCCAGUCUACAGAGGGACUUAUCUCUCGCUAGUUUACGAAAGCCCUGUCCGUCACUGCUGCUCCAGAGGCACAUGGCGGAGCUGCUGAGCAUGGACAAAGACAUGGCCGCCUCCUUCCUCAACAGCGUCCUCAACCAGCUCAACUGGGCCUUCUCCGAGUUCAUAGGCAUGAUACAGGAGAUCCAGCAGGCAGCCGAACGGCCAGAGAGAAACUUUGUGGACACGCGCCAGCUCAAGGUGUGCGCCACCUGCUUCGACCUGUCCGUCAGCCUGCUGCGGGUUCUGGAGAUGACCGUCACCCUGGUGCCGGAGAUCUUCCUGGACUGGUCCCGCCCCUCGGCAGAGCUGCUCCUCAGACGAUUGGCUCAGCUGUUGAACCAGGUGCUGAACAGAGUCACAGCAGAGAGGAACUUGUUUGAUCGGGUGGUCAACCUACGUCUGCCAGGGCUGGAGAGUGUGGAUCACUACCCCAUCCUGGUCGCCGUCACGGGGAUCCUGGUUCAGAUCCUGGUGGAGGGAGAGAGACAGGGGAUCUCCAGAGCAGCGUCCGUGCUUCUGUCCGACCCCUGCUUCCAGCUCCACUCCAUCCAGCACCUCCUGGGAGAGGGAGGAGAGCCAGCGGGCUCCUCCACGGCCGCGGCCCCCAGCCCGCCCCCCGCGGUGGGGCCCCUGGGAGCCGCGCUGGCCCCUGCCGUCUCCCCGGGGCCCGGGGCCGGCGGCCCGGCGGACCGCAAGCACUUCUCCCUGCACGCAUAUACCGACUACAUCAGUGAGGAGGAGGAGAGGAAGGUAGAAGGUAUGCUGGCCUUCCUGACCGAGGAGUCCAAGCAGGCUGCCGCCAGUACAGCUGUGAGUAACUACACUACACUACACUACACUACACUACACUACACUACACUACUCUACACUACACUACACUACACUACACUACACUACACUACAGUACACUACACUACUCUACACUACACUACACUACACUACACUACACUACACUACAGUACUCUACACUACACUACACUACAGUACUCUACACUACACUACACUACACUACACUACACUACACUACAGUACACUAAACUACACUACCCCUGAAACACUCCAUCACUUUGGCUACAGACUGACCAGUACCGCUGUGAGUAACUGCACUACACUACACUACACCUGAAACACUCCAUCACUAUGGCAACAGACUGUCCAGUACCGCUGUAAGUAACUACAGUACACCUGAAGCACUCCAUCACUAUGGCAACAGACUGACCAGUACCGCUGUAAGUAACUACAGUACACCUGAAGCACUCCAUCACUAUGGCAACAGACUGACCAGUACCGCUGUGAGUUACCACGGUACACUACACCUGAACCACUGCAUCACCCCAGCACUACAGCGCUGAUGUCCGCAUGUCCACACAGGAUGAACCUGCUGUCAUCAUAUAAUAAUACAUAGUGAUAAUAUGGUCCUCUUUGCAAACGCCUCAUGCUCCACCAUGCUCCACAGUGCUGCUGAUUAAGAUCUGAUCAGAGACCCCGCUGUAUGUGAAGGCAGAAUUAAUGCACCAAAAUAUAUCAUGUAUCAAAAUAUACCCCAAAGAUUAAUCUCCCAUCUGGGACGCCACUGCAUCUUAUCUCAAAUGAAUCAGCUGAAAUAUGUGACGGCUGAACACAAAACACGGUAACCAUGACAACUCUGCAGGCCAUUUCUUCUGUUUGUUUGGCGGGAAAAACAUUUUUAAUUUCCUUGAGUUAAAACUGGGGAAGGCGGCCUUGGAGAAACCAGCCAGAGUAAGCUGGGUUCAUGAAGUGUCAAACUGAGCCUCGAGUGCAGGGGCCGUGAGUGUGCAGGACGGUGGUUAGGGGGACAGACGGGUACCUCAUCAUUUAGGAGCCUCAUUUCAGUCAGGCCCAGUCAGAUGAUUGGACGGGCUUAUUACUGGCCUUCAACAGCCCCUGAUACCUUGAUUUAUUGAUUGCCAUCAGGAUGCUUAGGCAAUUUCAACCGAUUUUGACAAGAAAAAAUACUUCUAAAUGAAGCGCCUGCCCUAGAUUUAUCAAUUAGCAAUUAGCCUGACGACCAAUGGCACGCUGCGAAAACCUAGUGCCCCCAGAGUGCUUACUGCUUCCCCGGCAGAGGCGGCGAAAUGUGUCCCUAACCCUACAGACGAGUUCUGUAUGUCAGAGCAUGACCCUGUUCACCUCCAACAACCGCACGUCCUGAC